CACUUGCGCGCACACCCACACAUCAAACAUGGCUUCGCCGGAGAGGCAACGAGAAGCGGAGGCUAAUGCGGUCCCUGUAAAUAUAGAGAGCGGAGAAAGGAAAGCGGGCCCUAUUUCUUUUGGGUUUAGUAAAACUCUCACUAAGAUUAAGUCUGAGAAGCCCGUGGAGAGAGAUUAUGUGGUGGAGGUGGAUGGAAAGGAGCUGAAAGGAACGACGCCAGUGGAGAAACCAUCAGAGUUGAUUAUUCCACUUAUCCAGAAGAACCGCUGGUACCGAGAAGAAGGAGGAGGAAAAAAGAAUGACAAAGGACCCAACAAAGACAUCUCUGCAUCUGAGAACCAGGACUCUGUGGAGUCUCAGGCUGUCAAAGAGCUUAUUGAAGAGUCUCAGAAGCAACAGGAGAGGUGGAAAAAUGGCACUCAGAUUGACCCAAACCUCACAAUCCCUCUGCUCAUGCAGAAUCAGGUCCCUGAGGGCUUUGAGGACGGCGAUCAAAUCAAAGUGGAUCUCAGACCUGAGUCGUCAACAGAGGCCGACUACGAUCGUGUGCCGGUACAAGCGUAUGGUAUGGCUAUGCUGAAAGGAAUGGGCUGGAAAGAAGGAGAAGGAAUCGGACGCACGUUCAAGCAAGAUGUUAAGCCAAUUGAGCACCAGUUAAGGCCUAAAGGCCUGGGUCUUGGUGCCGACCUCUCUGCUGUCAAAGACCUGCAGCCCUCAGGACCUCGACGGAUCCCUAAACCUGGAGAGGAGAGUGGGAAAGACGACGAGUCGCUGGUCCUGGCACCUGGUGGUUGUGUUCAAAUCAAGGAUGGGGCCCAUAAAGAUCUCUAUGGAAAGAUAGAGGGGGUGGACCCAGAUAAUGUCAGAGUUGUGGUGAAACUGGCUAUUGGAGGAAAGUCAGUGACUGUCAGUCAGUACAUAAUCCGCUUGGUCCCGCAAAAAGAAUAUGACAAAUACAGCAAAGACCUCAGCCGCCUCAGCAAAGCGCACAAAGAGAAGGAGAAAGAAAAAGAGCGAGAGAAGGAACGGGAGCGAGAGAAAGAGGGAAAACGGGAUAAAGAGAGAGAUCGAGAGAGGCAGAGGCGGGAUGAGAAGGAGUCGACGUCAAACGGCAGAGAUGAGCGAGACAAGGACCGGCACUCGCACAGAGAUGGGGAGCGAGAGAAGAAGCAUGAUCGCCACGAGAAGAAAAGAAAACACCAUGAAACGAGUGCAGACAGAGAGAAGACUUCUCCUGCCAAAGUGUCACGGACUGCCCCACCCACUCCCUCCUGGCUCCAGAGAGACCUGCGUGUGCGCUUCAUAGACAAAACCUUCAAAGGAGGAAAAUACUACAAUUCUAAGAUGAGAAUUGAGGACGUCCUCACUCCACAUAUGUGUACGUGUCGUACAGAUGAAGGACGGACGCUGGAUGACGUGAAACAGUCCAUGCUGGAGACCAUUGUGCCCAAACAUGAUGCAGACUACAUUAUGGUGGUGCUGGGUGAAUACAGAGGACAGGUGGGUCGCAUUCUGAAGCGGGAUAAGGAGAAGUGCCGGGCCAUGGUUCAGCUGGACCACUAUGAGGAGCAGGUCUUUAAAAUGGACUAUGACGCUAUCUGCCACUAUGUGGGUGGCAGGCACUGAGAAACCCAGCAGAACCCACAGAACUGCGAUUCAGACCAGUGACCACACAACUCCCUCUGCUCGUUAUUCAUAGUCUCCAGCCAUGACUACAUUAGCUUAGUUAAUUUCCCAUUUCUGAUUGGACCCUGGAUGACUGUAAAUAGCAUUGUCCUCCACUGAUCAGCCACAAUCUUGUGGAUAUUGGGGGGAAAAAGCUGUUGGGAGCGUUCAUCUUCACUGCCAGCUGUACAUAUGUGUCCACUUGAAGCCGAAGAUUACAUUGUAAAUUAAAUGUUUUGUAGUAGCUUGUUGA